UCGUGAGAGUCACGAGUGCGACUGGAUCGUGAUCAAGAUGAUGGGGGUCCGCAUCAAGCACCCAUUCCCCCCUCCCCCGCAUUCGAUGUUGUUCGGUCAAUGUCGUUAUCGGCUGAAUGAGCGGAGCGACAGGGGGUGGUGUGUGUGGAUGGGCGCUUAGCGUCAUCACGAGCAAAAGUGUACGACUUGCCCCAUCGAGCGGGCCAUGCUGCUGCACGGCUGCGGUGCGGUGCGGUGCGGCGAGAGACCGAUAUAGCCAGCACCAUACAUACAUACAUACGCCAUCGCGGCCGGAGAAUUCAAGCUCGGUCGCUGUAGCAAUGCGCGACCGUGACAGCGACAGCACGAAUCGGGCACAAAAGUCAUACGAUCGCGCAAUGUCCUAGCUGAGAUUCACGAUUGUGACAGCAAGCAGCAUGAUAGCAAGCGACGCGCUGCUGAUGCAUGCAUGCUCAGCCAUGGCUGCCAGCAGUCUCGACGAUGCUAAAUGCGUGGUCGGGCUGAAUGGAAGCCAAGAGCAAGAGCAAGUCGGGUGCGCAACAACCGUCACGAGCCCGACACACCCGCGCAGCCAGCACGUCGUGCGUGCGAGCGACCGAGCGUGCAGGGUCGCCAGCCAGCCCAUCAGCCGCAACGUUGACAACGAGUGCGGGAACGCUAGACCGCGCGCUAGCUCGAUCGACCGAUCGCAAACGCAGCUACAGCGAAACCUACACCUCUCCAUCCAGGGCUCCU